AGCCCUCUAGCGUCACCUGACCUUGGUAACGUGACAGCAGACAUGGCGGAACUGGAUAGCUCAAAAUAUUUAAGUGGUUUAUUAAAUGGAAUUGCACAGAACACAUAUUAUAAAAAUACCGAAAUAACAGAGGAAAUGCUGAAAAAUGAGCUAUAUCCAGAUAUAUCGCAAGAGGAGUUCCAUUCUCUGCUUGAGAAAAUGAAGGGAGUUUUGAAGUCCAUUGCUUCGGCAGACAUGGACAUCAGUCAGUUGGAAGCCUUCCUGACAGCCCAGACCAAGAAGCAGGGAGGGGUGAGCGCUGAGCAGGCAGCUGUCCUGUCCAAGUUCUGGAAGAACCACAAGAGCAAGAUCCGGGAGAGCCUUAUCAGCCAGAGCCGCUGGGACAACAGCCUACGCACCGUGAGCUGGAGAGUGGACCUGAAAACGCAGAGUCGCCACGCCGACCAGGUCAACGCCGCCGUCGCUGUGGUGGAGCUGGAGCUUGGAAAGACUGGAAAGGAAUCAGAGUUUAUCUGCUUGGAGUUUGACGAAGCCAAGGUGAACCAUGUUUUAAAGAAGAUGUGUGAGAUUGAGGAGAGCAUCAGUGCCAUGACACACAACAGCUAAUUUUUUUUUCAAGUGCAUUUAUAGGCGUCUGCAAAUGUUCAUAACUAGUUAAUACAACAGAGCUGGAAGUUUUUGACGAAGAGGCUGGGAGUGUUUGUACUUUAGUUCACCUGUUUAUAUUAGCCGCUUCCAGAUCCCUUAUAAAUUAAACUCAAUUUCCAAACCUGGAAAUAGCCACCCUUGUGUUUAUCAUUUGUUAAAGAAAUGUCUGGCAUCCAGUAUGAAGUAAGGAAAUAAGUAUCCUUAACAUGUUUAAAUAUAUUUCAAAAGAAACUGUAGCAGUUAAACAGGGUUUGAUUUCAGCUGCACCCUAUUUCUUACCCCUUGUGAAUAUCUUGGCAUCCCUGAAUAGAUUAACAUGUUCCUUAAAUACAUUGCACGCCAAAUAAUUUAUUGCGCAAGCCAGUAUAUGUUAUUAGAUAUUUUCCUCCAGUAAGGUUCUGACAUCUGACUCACUCACAGUCUUGGCGUUUUAACAGGGUCUGGUUGCUUAUUUUCAGGAAUUUUCUCAAGAAAUGUAGGUGUUAUGAGACACUUAAAAACAACUCACAAAAAUGUAAACACAUCAGAUUCAUCAGUAGGUCCUAUGUUUGAUAUAGGCAUUGAUAUUGGCCAGUGGACCAAAUCCUGGCAUUUCCUGUCACUGUUAACCUUUGCAGAUAAAUAAGACACAUAACAGGAGAGGUGCUGACACAAAUAUACAAAGGUAGCAGAAAUACGAACUACUAAGUAUUUUUUCACACGCAUACAAUCAUCGCAGUUAUUUUCCAGCUGUGAUAAUCUGCUCCAAUAAUGUCACUAUGUCUUCCAAAUACAUGAUCAAGGUUUUUGCUCUUCAAGCAAAUUGCAGUUACAGUACCUGUAUUCUAAUACUGAUGGCAAUUAGCAUUGAAAUAAAGGAAUUUGUUUUUUUUUCUUUUUAAGUGUGUUUUUUUUUUUUUUUAAAACAAUUGCAGUUUCUAUUUUCAGUCUGAGUGCUGCACACAAGAUAUGAGUCCUCCCUCAAACCUAUAUGAAAACUUCAGCUCCAUAGCAACUGAGGUUUGUAGUGAAGUAUUUAGAAAUUUAAAAUAACCUUUGUUCAUUUUGAAAAUAUGCUUUUAAUUGUGAAAAAAUUGUGUAGUAUUAUGGUGUUGCUAUUCUAUAGCAGUAUAAAGAAAUUAAAACAAAAAAACGGUUGUACUAAUGAUUUGCAGAGUUUGCAGUUUCAACAUGAACAUAAAAGAAAAGAACAUUUUUUAAAAUGUAAUUCUUGUUAUGUUUUGCUACUUCUUUAAGGAUAGUGCCAUCAUAAUUCAGAUUUAGUCACCUUCAUUUGACCUACAGUAAUUGUGUUUUCCCCACACUUCUGUGUAACUGAUCCCCAGUGAAAGGAGAGAGUGCAAGGCAGAUGAGCUAAUUGUAGGUACUGUGAAAAAGUUCAAACAUAACAUGUAAAAUGCUGUAUAUUAAUAUUUUACAUUUGGUACAUGUCAUUGCCAUUAUGUCACUUAAUUUGCUAUUACUUUUCAUCUGUGUUAGUAAGAGUACAACUUGUGCAAAAGGUUAACAUUUUUCUACAGUGAUGAGAAACCAAUUAAAUAUAAAUGUAAUAAAAACAAUACCAAAAACA